AUGAGAAUCCAAUAGUCAUAAUUAUGGGAGAGACGGGAAGUGGUAAGUAAGAUUAUUAUAAUUAACAGCAGUGAAAGAUAUCAGAUUUCGUUAAUUUUUGGGAGAACGUUAUGAUAAUAUUAGGCUAAGCACAAUUUUUUUUAGUGACUUCUCUUUUGUUUAAUUAUUCAAUUCCGUCGCAGGGAAGACAACGCAAGUGCCUCAGUUUUUAUACGAGGCUGAAUAUGCUCAAAAUAAAUUGAUCGGGAUAACCGAACCGAGAAGAGCGGCAGCGAUGUCGAUGAUCAAGCGUGUAGCUGAAGAAUUGAAUCUCUCCUUUUAUUUUUAUCUAAAAUGUUAUUACGUUGUCUAAUGCACAGAAUUGUUGGUUCGUCGUUUAGAGAUAUACUGCGCGAAGGUGACGCCACUUGGACGCAGUAUCGCCGCGUUCCAGGUGUCUCCGUGUUACGGCAAGAUGCUGGGCACUGUCGCAUCGGCACAACUUGUCGAAAUACACGAUAUGCAUGGUGGCGGCUCUUAGCGAGCAAGAAGUACUGAUAGAGGCUCUCGACAUGGAGGGUUCGACUGAGAGCAAGUGGCUGCAAAAGCGCCGUUAUUGGGCUGGAACCGACAAUAGUUCCACUUCUCGGUGAUCCAAUGGUUUUGAUAAGAGCCAUCGGAACUGUCGAGUACACGUGGUCGAAGGGACGACUGUUGUCCUUCUGCGAGGAGAACGGCUUGAGACACAAGCACACAAGGCCAUGGUCGAGAUUAGGAAAGCUUAGGCAACAGCUCACCAAUGAGAUUAAUUUGAACGUUUCGAAUCUAAAUUUAAUCAUUGAUCCAAAAAUGCCGCUGCUGACCGACACGGAAGCGAAAUUCCUGCCUCAAAUACUCCCUUCGAGUAUGGCGGAUCAAGUCGUGAGGAAGGUUUUGCCGGACGAGGUAAAGGAGGAUCAGGACAAGGUCAAGUGGAAGCACGCUUACAGAACGCCAGAAAUGAAGGAACCUAUGUUCAUGCAUUCCUCGUACGUUCUACGGAAAACCAGCCCGGAAUGGGUGAUUUAUCAAGAGGUUUACGAAACGAAUAAGAUGUAACAUGCGAGGCGUCACGGCGAUCGAGUGGCUGCCGAAAUUCGCGUCCACGUUGUGCCGUCUCGUCGCGCGCCAUUGGCUGAUCCAUCGCC